AUGGCCUCGUUCCACUUUGCCCGUUAUCCGGUGCGCACGACAGUAUCUUUUAUUAAAGCUGCUUGUCUGGUGCAUCUCGGUCUUACAUAUGGCUACACAAUCAGUCCAGCCCAAGGCCCUUCGAUGCUCCCAACAUUCACAGUUGAUGGCGACUGGAUCUUGUGUGAUCAUACGCGACGUUAUGGUCGUGGUGUGUCUGUGGGUGAUUUGGUCGUCUACCGUAUCCCCAUCUUCAACAGCCAGUGGGGAGUGAAGCGAGUGACAGGCAUGCCAGGGGACUAUGUCUCUGUUGGAACACCCGGGGAACCAGGGGAGGAAUUGAUGAUUCAGAUUCCUGAAGGACAUUGUUGGAUUGCAGGGGAUAAUCUCCCAGCAUCAAGAGAUUCGCGACAUUUUGGCCCGUUACCACUGGCCCUCAUCUCUGGCACUACUAUUGCCAAAAUCCUGCCCUGGAAUGAGCGGCGAUGGAUGAAGAGUGGAAUAGAUAAGAUCGAGGAGCUUGAUUGA